AUGGCUUUGAUUGUGGACCAGCAAUCAAACUUGAAGCACUUUUGUAGAAUCUGCAAGAAAGGGUUUGGGUGCGGUAGGGCUCUGGGAGGGCACAUGAGGGCGCACGGCAUCGGUGACGACAGCGGCGGCCACUUUGACGACGAAGACGCAGCCAACGACUGGGAGGACAAGCUUGCCGCCGGCGCCGGCAACGUCCCGCCGGCAAACAAGCGCAUGUACGCCUUGAGAACAAACCCUAACCGCCUGAGGAGCUGCCGGGCGUGCGAGAACUGCGGCAAGGAGUUCUUGUCGUGGAAAUCUUUCCUCGAACACGGAAAAUGCGGCUCCGAGGAUGCCGAGUCGCUCCUAUCCUCUCCGGUGGACUCUGGCGACGACCGCCGGGGCUGCGGUAACUGGUCCAAGAGGAAGAGAUCGUUUAGGGCGAAAGUGGGCAAUACUACCAAUUCUCAUUGCCCUUCAAGCGAGGAAGAAGACCUGGCUAAUUGCUUGAUGAUGUUGUCUAAUGCAGCAGCGGUCGAUCCGAUGGCGACGGCGGCAGCAGAGCCGGAGGAGUCCUGCGCCUCCGCGAGCAGAGACGAAGAGGCGCAAGCACAAAAGAGGAUCAAUACCCUGAAUUUCAUCGCUCCGAUUUCUUUUAGGGUCCCGGAGAAUAACAAUUACAACAACAUGAACAUGAACAACAAGGCCAAAGGAGUUGCGAGUAAUAGUAACAGUAAGGGUUUGUUCGAAUGCAAAGCUUGCAAGAAAGUGUUCAAUUCCCACCAAGCCUUGGGGGGACACAGAGCCAGCCACAAGAAGGUUAAAGGCUGCUUCGCCGCCCGACUCGACCACAACCAGGGCCUGGACGAAAUCCUUGCCGAUGACGACGUCAUCACGCACGAGGAAUUCUUCUCGACCAAAUUGGCGACAAUGGAUCAUCAUCGCCAAUCGGGCUCAAACACAACAUUAGCUUCACUGGCCGCGACGUCGAAGAGGAAAUCGAAGGUCCACGAGUGCUCAAUCUGCCACCGGAUUUUUUCGUCGGGGCAGGCCUUGGGAGGCCACAAGAGGUGCCACUGGAUCACAUCGAACGCGCCGGACACAUCAGCAUUGGCAAAAUUCCAACAGUUCCACGAAAGCAUCAACGAGCAAAUGAUCAUAAACAACAAUAAUCGCAAGGAGAAAAAUGAUGAUCAUGCCGAUCUUGAUCUGAUGCUCGACCUUAAUUUGCCGGCUCCAGUAAUGGAUGUCAAGACGACAUUAUUGUCGACGGAGAUUUACUUACAGCCGUGGAUAGGAUCAUCAUCAGCGAAAGAAGAUCAUCGUAACAAUACUAGUAUUACUAUUCAGGAUCGCAAUCAUAGUCAUCAUCAGCAUAAUCAACAACAACAACAACGUCAUGAGUCGCACCACCAAAACGUCGACGUUGACAACGUGAUUCACAACGAAGAGUGCAACAACAACAACAACACUAUUAAUAGUAAUGGGAUGAUCAUGAAUCAUCAUAAUCAUGAUCAUCAUAAUCAUCAAGUGGUGGUGGAGGAUGAAGAUGACAGUAAGGUGAAGUUAGCGAAGCUAAGUGAGCUUAAGGAUAUGAAUAUGAGUGAGGGUUCAUCAUCUUGGUUACAGGUGGGGAUUGGUUCAACAACUGAUGUUGGAGCUGGCCCUUAA